AUGUGGAGGGGCGCCCUUUUGCUCCUGCGCAUCUUCCCCAGAGUGGCGGCUCUGCGCAACCACCAGGUGACAUCAUUGACUGAUGAAGUUGAUGAAGUGUGCGGACAGCCAUGCCAUCUUAUCGACCCGGUCGGCGCAAGCUACUAUGUCGGAUUUCAGGAGGUGGAAGGCAUGGAACUAAAAGCAGGAUCCCAGUAUGAUCUCCGCACAUCGCCAUGUGGAGAGACAUCAGACGAGCCCAUGAGCAGGAUCACGAUCACGCAGACAGGAGAGAAAGACCGGCAUGGCCUUGUGAAGGGGGAGCUCGAGCCUAAACUUGAGUGGAAUCUUGACCAUAUCGAUUUUCUCGAAGAUGGAAAGAUUCGGAUCUGCACUUCGGACGAGAAUGCCCGAUGCAUCUGCAAGCUCGGCGCCAGCUUCUUAGACACCAAGAAGGACAUCAACAGUUUGCUCCGGGCACUCGUGCCUGUGGCAUUGUUUUAUUGUGGAAUUGGCUUUUUCUCCGGGAUCCUUUAUCGUGCGUACUACUUGAAGGACCACGCCAAGGAGCACACUUCCGCUCCAUCCGCAGAAGACACAUUCGCUUCGAAGUCGCCAGCACUCUCCAUUUGCCAAAUUCGAGAUAGAUGGCUUUGGGCUUUUGGAAGUUGUUUGGUAGCCUUGUCUUGUGGUACUCCGUUCCUCGGCAUCUUGACCACCGGGUACAUGUUUUGGGAGUACUCCCGCAACCAGACCCAUCGGCUCUUCUGGGUUGAAGCGAAGCAAGACCUUCACAGCGCGGGCUGGUUGUCUUGGCUCAGAGGCUUGGGGCUGAAGGGUCACCUGCAAGUUCUGACCGAGGGCAUCCUUUGGACAAGCCUUUUCCAUUCCUGCCUCUACACCAUCGUCACCUAUACCAAGCGCUACUUGAGACUGUUCGCGAGCGACGCCAGCAACAUGAAAGUGGUCACGCAGAAAAUCCUCGCUGAGGCAGAGGUUGGAGUCAUCGUGGUGGCCUGCACUUUCGGUUCAACCAUCCUCUGGCGAGUCUUGCUGAUCAAUGCCGUAGAGAUCGCGCAGAAUGUGCAUCAGCACCGGAAGAAGGCUGAAGACAAGCUGCCUGUCAAAGCCAGAAAGAUCUGGAAGCAGCUGCAGGGUAAGUUCGGCAAAUACUUUCCAGCAAUGCAGCCGCCUGUCACUGUCAGAGAAAUGCUGCAACACGACUACAAGACUGAGAAGACCGUUUACGGCGAUGAGACUGAGAAGACUGAGAAGAACGUUUUUGGAGAGGUGGACUUUUGGAGCAUAGACAAGGCGCUCAUUCUCACUUCCACCUUGGUGCUUGGAAUGUCGUUGAUAGUCCUGCAGUGUCAAUUGGAUUGGACUGCAGCUCAUGAGGAACCUAGGUGCACUUUUGGAAAACUUAACAGUAUCCCUUACGGUUCUAUAGCAGUAUCUAAUCAUAAAUACAAUUAUUGCACCAAAAACUACAACCCAGGAACGAGUGCCAAGCUACCUGGUCUGGAGACGGCGGGGGAUAGGAAGGUAUGUCUAUGCCGGCAUGGCGGGGGGCUUGCUCACGGCGUAUGUGGCAGCUCACCAUUGGUUCAGGCUGACAUCUGCCACCGUCGGCAUUACCAGAAGGUUCAAGCAGCUACCCCAACGGAUGCUGCUUUUCUCCUUCCUGGCCACCACCUCGAAACAAGUGGAAACUAG